GAUUGAUUGGCUGCCUUAUGUCCAAUUAAAAGGCUGGAAAAAAAUAGACUUCGCGCGACUGUUGAGUGGCGAUCAAUUCCCAACGUGCGCCCAAGAUGACAGUCCUUACCUCCGCCAUCGCGCAUACCUUCCUCCCAUCUAUCCUCGCAAACCUGCCACAUGAAUGGCGAGGCACAACGUUUGCCAACUCGGCGCUCUUGGGCCGUGAAGUCUUCUCUGCCAGCGUCGAGAAGCUGCUCCUCGAAAAGCAUGCCAAACGCGACAACAUUGUCACGGAAGCCGAACUGUCAGCUUUGGGCAAUGCCGAAGAUUACCUCCGCGUGUCGACGAAUAUUUCCGUGCUGCUGGAACUCGUCCUUGGCCUUGAAGUGUCGCUUCCCACCCGCCAAGUGUUUACGUUUGGAUCCACGACCAUCCCCAUCAUCUCCGUGCUCCUCACGUCCAAGUUGCCAGUGCUUCUGUACGUGGACGAAGGAGUAGCGUCUCCAUUCACUGCAGACCAGUUGGCCACCCUCGCUCUUCUCGGGACCAACGUCACCAUCGUGUCAGGGCACCCCGUCGCGGAUCCUUCCGCAGUCGUCCUCGCCCUUCAAGUAUCCCCCAAGAAAAUCUCGGCUGCCGUCGACGCCAUUGUGUCCGACUCGGUUCUGUACAUCCACAACCCGUCCAAAGUCAACCCGGACGACAUUUUGGUCAUUCGCAAGCGCCUCUCCACUCCCCUCACAACCCCCGUGUGCGAGAAAUUCCUUCAAACGAUUGCCGGGGUCAAGGUGACGGCCGACGGCGACGCGUCCACGCCCGAAGCCCUCGCCGACUUUUACGCGCAUCUGCAGACCAUGUCUGGCACGUCGGUGGACGCCCACGCGAACCCCGUCGUGUUCACGGCCGGCCUGCCUGCAGUGUGCUCCAUCUGGUUGAGUUUGCUCCACGGCGGCGGCGCCGACAUCCUCAUGGCCAGCACCGCUUACGGCGGGUCGUCUCAAUUGACCGACAUUUACGUCAACAAGUCGUCUGGCAAGAUCCACAAGUGGAAGUUUGACAUCACAGGGAAGAACAAGAUCUCCGACUCGAUCAAACAGGCGCUGGAUAAGCUCACAGUCACCGCGACCGCUCCCACGACGGUGCUGUUUGUUGAAAUCCCGACCAAUCCCGACAUGAAGGUGCCCGACAUAGCUACCCUUGCGCAGCACCUGACGUCGUACCGUAACACCACGGGCAAAGAAGUGCUCUUGCUCGUGGACACGACGUUCGCGCCGGCGUCCAAGGUCCUGCAAAAGAUCUCGGCCGUCGCCCCCGAUCUCACGACGAUGGUGUUUAUCAGCAUGAGCAAGAGCGUAUCCCGCGGCCACACGACCGCCGGUACGAUCAUCGCCAACACGGCGUCCCCCCAGUCGCGCAAGCUGCUGGAAACGGUACGAUGGGCGGGCCAGCUGCUCGACACAACCGCCAAGACGGACCAGCUGUGGCGACUCACCGAGAACCACGUGGGCGUCGAAGACCGCUGCCAAAAGGCGUACGAGGUGGCCGUGACCACCGGCACGGCGCUGCAAGCCGCGGUCGCCAAGUAUGCCCAUGGCUUCCACAUGGACCUGGCGUUCGUGUCGCCGGAAAAUGCCGCGCAGGGUUUCACCACGUCCACGUACUCGUUCAAUUUGCCGCCGCUGCCGAACGCGACUGCCGAGGCCAACUACGCGAUUGCCCAGCGGUUCGUGGACCUGCUCACGGCGCAUCCGUCGUUCAAGCCGUGUGUGUCAUUUGGCCAAGACAACGGAAAAGUGUACUGCACGGUGCCGUCGACGUCCACCCAGGGCGCGAUCAAGGCCGAAGACAAGGCCAAGCAGCUCGUGGGCGGCGUCGAACUCACGCGACUGAGCUUCCCGCCCCACGGCGACGUCCAAGCCAUCGUCGCCGUGCUCGAAAACGCAGUCAAGACGAUCUACACAGCAUAAGCAAUAUAACCUCUUAACAUACUUCGAAGUACAUAGUAGUACUAGCCCACACAACAAACAACCGUAUCUAUGAACUAUUAAUAGUACUACCUCUGUCCAAUA